AUGGCUCGGCCAAGAGACUCGCGCUCACCAGCUCCAGCAGGCAGCAGCAGCGGCCCACAUGAUGGCUCUCGUCGGCAUCGGAACGAUGACGGCUACGGCGGCGGCAACAACCGGCGCGACAGGAACCGACGGGACGACGCCAGGGAUCAUCGCCGGCUUAGCAGGUCGCGCAGCCCUGACGUGAGCAUACCUGACCCCGUUGGAGAGCUUCUCCUUGAUUUUGACAUUCUUCUCUAUGAGCAGCCCCGUCACUGGGACCACCGAGGUCCACGCCACCCCGAGCGAGACGUGAUCAACAGGCGCGAUCGUUCUCCAGCCGGCCGACGAGACGACGGCCCCUACCGCGGCGGAGGCCCUCGCGACUACCGCGACAGAGAUCGCGACAGAGACAGAGACAGGGAUCGAGACCGAGACAGAGAUCGCCGCCGAUCGCGUGACCGAUAUGGCGGCAGACCCAGAUCGCCAGCCCGUCGCCGCCCUGGUAGCCGUGAUAGCGACAGAAGCUACAGGAGCCGCGACGAUGGCCGCGAUCACGGUCGAGCCAAGCGUGAGGGGACGGCUGACUCUUCAGCGCGCAGCAACCGCCACGCGCCCGCCAACGACAGAGGCCGGGCCGGCCAUGACAACGUCCGUUCCCCGAAUCCCUUCAUCAAACCCGACGUAUCUGACAACUCUACUCAGUCUCCUGCUAUCAAGGCCGAGCCCGCUCAGUCUGACGCCGACAAGAAGGCGGAACGUCUUGCGAAACUCGAAGCCUGGAAGAAGAAGAAAGAGAGCCAGGUUCAACAGCAGAGGGCGGGUGAUGCUACGCAAGCCCGGAAAAUCCUUGCUGAAAUGGACCAGUCUGGAGCUGUUCCUUCACCAGGCGCACCUUCUCCAGGUAUUUCAAAUGCUGCAUCCCCAGGAACGAUUGAUAAUUCCGGGAAUGCGUCUCCUGCUCAGCCUUACGCUGGAAAAUUUGACCCAAAGUCGAUUGCGAAGAAAUCGGCUGCCCGAUCCAGCGACUCGACCAAGGCGGUCCUGGGGAUGGUCGGCAUCCAGCCACCAGUCUCUGUCCCAAAGACAUCCCAGCAAGCUUCUACAGGUAUUUUCCCUUCAGAGAUCGGCGACACGGACUCGGCUGACACCAUCGCAGCAGCGUCAUCGCUACCUGCAAACCGCGCCAAAGCUAGCGGCUUUGGCUUCGGAAAGUCUCAGAAGGGCCAGGUAGAGAAUGGCAAAAUGCCCAACAAGCGGAUGCUGGAUCUCGACGAGGACGACACCGUGAAGCGGAAGCUCACGAAGCUACCUACGCUAUCAGUUGAUGCCGACACCACGCCUUAUGCCGAUCAGGACGAUGACGACGACGCCGGCGAGAACAUCGCCGAGGACGAGGAGGCCGCCGUUGCUGCAGACCGAGCCGCUCACGAACGGCGAUUGCAAGCUGAGAAUCAGGCGGAGCAAGGUGCUGUAGAGCCCGACGCAGAGGGUGACCAGGCCAUGAGCAAUGUCGCGGACGCAGAAGUCGAUGCAUCCAAGACAGCUGCGACAACAGAAGCGCAGCCUGCUGCCGAGUCCAUGGAUGUCGAUGGAGAGUCGGAAGUAGAUCCUCUGGAUGCAUUCAUGGCGAAUCUCCACAAAUCGGAAGCCCAAAAGGCAAAAACCCCUGCCCAGGGUACCAAGAGUUCUCAUAUUCCGGAGACGUAUUUCAGCGACGAGGACAACAUCUACGACGCCGAGGGCAAUGAUGGCGCCAAUAACAUUCUGGCCAUGACCAACAAGCGCAAGAAGAAAGACAUUCCCACCACCGACUAUAGCAAAAUCAGUAUCGACCCCGUUCGCAAGAACUUCUGGGUUGAGCCCUCCGAGGUAAAGGCUCUUACCGAGGACGAAGUUGCCGAUCUGCGCCAGGAGCUCGACGGCAUCAAAGUCAAAGGCAAAGACGUCCCAAGACCGGUCCAGAAAUGGGCGCAGUGCGGCCUCAUCCGCCAAGCGCUGGAUGCCAUCAGUAGCCUUGGCUUUGAGAAGCCGACAGCCAUCCAGUCUCAAGCCAUCCCCUCAAUCAUGUCCGGAAGAGACGUCAUUGGUGUGGCGAAGACAGGCUCUGGCAAGACGCUUGCUUUCCUUCUGCCCAUGUUCCGGCACAUCAUGGACCAGCCCAAACUCAAAUCAACGGACGGGGCCAUCGCUCUGGUGCUUGCACCGACGCGUGAACUGGCCACGCAGAUCCACAAGGACUGCAAGCCAUUCUUGAAGACUACUAAUCUUCGCGCUGUCUGCGCCUACGGAGGUACCCCCGUCAGCGAGCAGAUUGCCGACCUCAAGCGUGGUGCCGAGAUCAUCAUCGCGACCCCUGGCCGCAUGAUUGACCUUUUGGCUGCCAACCAGGGACGAGUCACCAACCUGCGGAGAGUCACGUAUGUGGUCCUCGACGAGGCAGACCGCAUGUUCGACAUGGGAUUCGAGCCGCAGGUGAUGAAGAUUUUCGCAAAUAUGCGACCCGACAAGCAGACCAUCCUGUUUUCCGCGACGAUGCCGCGUCUCAUCGACUCGUUGACCAAAAAGGUCCUCAAGAACCCCGUGGAGAUCACGGUCGGUGGGCGAAGCGUGGUCGCCAAGGAGAUCGAGCAGAUUGUCGAGGUUCGGGAGGAAACCGAUAAAUUCAUCCGUGUACUGGAGCUGCUUGGCGAGCUCUACGACCGAGACGAGGACGCGCGGUCGCUCAUUUUUGUCGAACGACAAGACAAGGCGGAUAGCCUCCUGAAGGAGCUCAUGCAGAAGGGCUACCCAUGCAUGUCCAUCCACGGCGGUAAAGACCAGGUCGACCGCGACUCCACCAUUUCGGACUUCAAGAAGGGCAUUUUCCCCAUCCUUAUUGCGACUUCGGUUGCUGCUCGCGGCCUGGAUGUCAAGCAGCUGAAGCUCGUCAUCAACUAUGACGCGCCGAACCACUUGGAGGACUAUGUCCAUCGAGCUGGCCGCACUGGUCGUGCCGGAAACACAGGCGUUGCUGUCACAUUCAUCACCCCCGAGCAGGAAAACUGCGCAACGGGCAUCGCGAAGGCCCUGGAGCAGAGCGGACAGCCUGUUCCGGAGAAGCUCGAGGAGAUGCGGAAGUCGUACCGCGAAAAGGUCAAGGCCGGAAAGGCAAAGGAUUCUUCUGGAUUCGGCGGCAAGGGCCUGGACCGACUCGACCAAGAGCGCGAAGCAGCUCGCCAGGUUCAGCGCAAGACGCACAGAGCUGAAGGCGAGGAGGAAGAAGAAAAAGAAGACAAAAAGGCCGAAGAAAAGGGCGAGAAGGCGUUCGAGGCUAUCAGAGCGGCGGCAUCCGGCGUCCAGGCUCGCGAUAGCGCCAAGGCCGAGGGCGCGGACGGCAAGGCUUCUCAGAAGGGGGCUGCCGCAGUCGCAGGCGACAAGUCGGAGAAUCCUCUCGACAAGGUCAGCUCGGCCGUCAGUGCCAUCAACAGCCGUCUGGGCAAGUCUGGCCAGCUUCGCUCUGGUCAACCCAUUGACAACAAGGGCCCCGACGCCGGCGCUUUCCACGCCACUCUCGAGAUCAAUGACUUCCCCCAGAAGGCCAGAUGGGCGGUCACAAACCGCACCAACGUCGCCAAGAUCCUCGACUCGACCGGUACCUCCAUCACCACGAAGGGAAGCUUCUAUCCUCCCGGCAAGGAAGUGCCGCCCAACGGCGACCCGAAGCUGUACAUCCUUAUUGAGGGUGACACCGAGGUGGCUGUGAGCUCGGCUCUCCAGGAAAUGACGCGUCUGCUGAGAGAGGCGACGAUCGCGGCGGCCGAUGCCGACAGCCGGGCGCCAGCCAGCGGUCGGUACACGGUUACCUAG